CCUAAAUUCUUUGUUUGCAUAUUUCAACUGCUAAAUAGUAUAUUACAUUUCAAAUAACAAAGCCAUAUAUAUUAGUCAUUCUAUUCAACUAUUCUACAGAGACAUUGGUUUGAUAAUGAUAUAAUUUAGUAAUUCAGAAUUAUUGUAAAAAACAUCAACAAAACCUUCAAAUUAUACCUGCAAAUAUAAUUUAAUAUAUGUUAUGAUAAACAUUUCAGAUUUGAUCAAGUUUCCACAUUACUAUACUUCUGCUGUUCGUUUUGCUUCAAUGAAGUACAUUUUGGUAACUGGUGGUGUCAUUAGUGGAAUUGGGAAAGGAGUAAUUGCAAGUAGUUUGGGCACACUAUUAAAGUCACAAGGAAUAAAAGUUACAUCAAUUAAAAUUGAUCCUUAUAUCAAUAUUGAUGCUGGAACAUUUUCUCCAUAUGAACAUGGAGAGGUAUUUGUAUUAGAUGAUGGUGGCGAAGUGGAUCUCGAUUUAGGGAAUUAUGAGAGAUUUCUUGAUAUAACAUUAAAUAAAGACAAUAAUAUUACAACAGGAAAGAUCUAUGCUAAUGUUAUUGCUAAAGAAAGAAGCGGUGAUUAUCUUGGUAAAACAGUUCAGGUUGUACCUCAUAUCACUGAUGCUAUUCAAGAAUGGGUGGAAAAUGUAGCUAUAAAACCUGUAACUGCUGAUGGAACAACACCAGAAGUGUGUAUUAUUGAGUUAGGAGGAACAAUUGGGGAUAUUGAAGGUAUGCAGUUUGUUGAAGCUUUUAGACAGUUUCAGUUUAGAGUAAAACGAGAGAACUUUUGCUGUGUUCAUGUCAGUUUGAUUAUUCAGCCUAAAGCAACUGGAGAACAUAAAACAAAACCCACUCAAGCAAAUGUGAGAGAAUUAAGAGGUCUUGGUUUAUCACCAGAUUUUAUCAUUUGUCGCAGUGAAAAACCUGUUACUACAGAAGUAAAGGACAAAGUAUCAAAUUUCUGUCAUGUGUCACUCAAUCAAGUUAUAUGUAUUCAUGAUGUUCCUUCUAUUUAUCAUGUUCCAUUGUUACUAGAAGAACAAAAUGUAGUUUCUGCUAUUGCAAAUAGACUUAAUUUAAAAUUACCAACAUUACUUCCUAAGCCACCUUUAUAUGAGUGGCAAGAACUGGCAUCUCAAUUUGACUCUGUGGUAAAUGAAGUAAAGAUAGCAUUGGUGGGGAAAUAUACUCAGUUGAAAGAUUCAUAUACAUCAGUGACUAAAGCUCUUCAACACGCUUCUCUUUCUUGUAAUAUGAAGCUAAAUCUAAAGUUUAUUACAGCAGAUGAUUUAGAACCUGAAACUGAACGAACAAAUCCUGUUCGUUAUCAUGAAGCCUGGCACCAGCUCCAUCUUUCUGAUGGUGUAAUAGUUCCUGGUGGUUUUGGAAAUCGAGGCAUUGAAGGAAAAAUUGCUGCAAUUACAUGGGCAAGGAAAACUUCCAAACCAUUUCUUGGAGUGUGUUUGGGUCUGCAGUGUGCAGUUAUUGAGUUUGCACGAAAUGUGUUGGAAAUGAAGGAUGCAAAUUCCCAAGAAGUAGAUCCAGAAUCAAAAAACCAUGUGGUAAUAGAAAUGCCAGAACACAAUCCAGAAGGUCAGUUAGGUGGAACAAUGAGGCUAGGAAAGAAACGUACCUAUUUCAACACUGAUAAAUCAAUUUUACGGACUUUAUAUUGUAAUGCUGAUUACAUUGAAGAAAGGCAUAGACAUCGUUAUGAAGUAAAUCCAAAAUAUGUACCUGAAUUUGAAGCAGCAGGCAUGAAAUUUGUAGGUCAAGAUGAACAUAAAGAAAGAAUGGAAGUCAUGGAAUUAGAAGGCCAUCCGUAUUUUGUGGGCGUACAGUAUCAUCCUGAGUACAUUUCUAGACCAUUAAAACCCUCUCCACCUUAUCUUGGUCUUAUUCUUGCAUCUUCUAAUAAAUUAAAUUCCUAUUUAAGUAAGAAAUUCCAUUUAACAGUUUUUAAUGAAACGACAACUGAUGUAAGAAAUGGUUUUCAAAAACAACAUGUACUGAAGUCCAAAUCAAAUUUAGUUAAUGGUGAUAUUAAUGAUGUUUCUCUACUAGAAAAUAAAAAUUUACAUAUUGGAUGAAAUUUUUAGCUUAGGAAAUAUUAGUUUGAUAUAAGUUACAUUAAACAAUGUGAUGAUACUUAAUACUUAAUUAAAUCAUUUUUAGUGAAUAAAUAUGUAGCUUCAAUCACUUCAUUUGUUUGAAAAAAUUUAAGUUGAUUUAAAACAAUUUUUCAAACAAAUGUUGUAUAUUAAUAGUACAAGUUGAAUCAUGUUUUGUCCAAAAUUUCAUAUUGUCUGGAGUACAAUCAUAUAAAUUUGCAUUUUCUCAUAAAUUUUUAGUGUAUAAAAUUUGACAGCUAUGUCAAAUAAUAGAUUUACAAAUUUUGAUAAAUAAAAUUAGUGAAAUCUUUUACUUUAAAACAGUAGUUUUAUAGAAGUAUCAUAAAAGGCAAUUCAGUCUCUCAAAAAUAAAUUUUUAAAAUAUUUUUUGUGGACAUUUGUAAAAAGUUUUCUGUAAUAUUUUGUUUGGAAGAGUUAGAUCAAAAAUAUUUGUAAGUGCUAAACUAUUGUAAAUUUUUAUUCUGAAAGAAAGGAUUUAUUGUGUUGUUAAUACUCAAGCUGAUUAUUGAUUAAAAGAAUGUAUAUCUGUUGCAUUAGCAUUGAUAUCUUCAUAAUAAAACUAUUUAAAUUGUUAUAAAAUUAAAUCUUUGUAUGUAGAGAAAAAUUAAAGUUC